UGUGUGUGCGUGUGUGUGUUCUUACAUUCUUAUUGUAGAUGAUGAGUAUGUUACACUCUCUCUCUCUCUCUCUCUCUCUGAGCUGUAAUGCACUACAACAGCUGGCACCCUCUCAGCACAUCUUCACACUGAGUAGCCACUCUGCUGCUGCUGCUGCUGCUGUUGUUGCAGCAGCAUCAUCCUCUUAAACACCACAAACACAGCUAGCGACUCUUUGAAAGGCUUGUUUGGAUUUUGCAUGGAUGCUCCUUUUUCUCGCUACACCAGGGAGUAACGGAAGUCUGCAGGCUCUGGAGGAUGAGUACAGGUACGCAGGCCUACAUGCAUGAACGUGUGUGCGUCAGGCAGCGGUGAUGAGUGAACAGGCACUGGUCCAUGAGCUUUCAUCCCCAUGCCAGAGCCCGGGUCAGCAGACGGGUCAGCAGACGGGCCUGCACCGAGCGGCCAUGGUGGGGAACAGUGAUGUCACGGCCGCUCUGAUCCAAGGCGGCUGUGCUGUGGACCUGCAGGACAGAGACGGCAACACUGCGCUGCAUGAGGCGUCCUGGCACGGUUUCUCUCACUGUGUCAAACUGCUGGUCAAGUCAGGAGCUGAUGUACACAUCAGGAACAAGUCAGGAAACACAGCACUUCACCUGGCCUGUCAGAACGCACACGCUCCGGCCGCUCGCCUUCUGCUGCUCGGAGGAGCCACACCAGACACCAAGAACAAUAGGGGCGACACCUGUUUGCAUAUGGCUGCUCGCUACAACAACCAGAUCCUGGUAAAAAUCCUGCUGAGUUCCCUGUGCUCUGUGAAAGAGAGAAACCAGGCAGGGGACACCGCUCUCCACGUGGCUGCAACUCUGAACCAUAAGAAGACAGUUCAGCUCUUAUUGGAGGCGGGGACUGAUGGGAAAAUCAGAAACAAUGCAGGUAAAACAGCCCUGGAAAAGGCCAGAGAUAACAACCACAAAGAUAUGGCACAUCUCCUGGCCAGAGCUCCUCAGGUACAUCGCUUCAUGCGAGGAAGAACAAUCAGGAAACAAAGAGAAAGAGUGACAUCUGAGAGCAGGACCCAGUCCGACCCUAGAGUAGAAAUUCUACCAAACAAAGACAGCAGUUCUGUGGCGGAGGAAUCCCCCAGCAGUGAACAAACAGAGAGCAGAACAGCCUUUAAGGUGCGUCCUCAUCAUCAUCAUCAUCAUCAGCAGCAGCAGCAGCAGCAGCAGCAGCAGCAUUACCAAAGCCCAGCCGCCAUCAGCAGCCACUAUAUCCACCGGAAGAGGAGGAGAGGCAAGGAACCGGCUUCAAAUCACAAUGAUCUGAGAAAAGGCGAGAAUGAUACCCACGUUAAGAAGAAUCUGCUCUGGGAUGAUGGUGAAGAUUCUGCUCAGAAUGAGAAAUUCUAUCAGCUUUACACACUGUACCGUGACAAGGAUGGCAACAUUAAACAGGCCCCAGCCGAUGGAUGCCACUGUAAGCCCCUGCUCAAGAAGCUGGAGGGCCAACUGAAAGACACGCAGGAGGAGAUGAGGCUGCACAUCCUCAACGUCCAGGAGCAGGUCAACAGUAAACUGGGCAAAAUGGACCACAGGAACAGACACCAGAUUAAAGUGUUGGACAUGCUGAAUCAGGAAAGAGCAGCAGCAGAGAGGAAGACCAUGGUUUACGAGAUCGAGCAGAGAGCUGCCCAGGGAAGAGAGGAAGCCCUGAUGACACAGCAGGUGGCAGUGAGUCAUGAACUGAAGAGGUGGUGUCUGUCCCAGUUGAAGGACAUGGACGUCCACGUCCCAGCCAAAGGCCAGUAUUACAAACUCCUCCGAGCCCACCCCGAAAAGCAGAUGGGGACCAAGACAUACUUUGAAAUGAAAGUGGACAGGCCCCCAGAUGACUAUGAGAACACAGGCCUGUUUGCUGCCAACCACACCUCAGGCCCCCUGCUGGGCUCUGUCGACCCCCUCUGGCAGCCUGCGGGAGUGCAGGACAGUCCCACAGCAGCAGCGAUGCCUCUGUGUGGGGAGGGCCUCUCCACCAGCCCCAGCAGCAGCAGCCAGUCCACCAUCAGCGCCCAGGGACCCAGACUGAUCCAACAUCAGGAACGAGACAGGAGACACUUUGGAGAGCUGAUGAGUGCGCGCAGGCGUGAAGGGAUACACAGUGAGGGCGCCAGAACGCUGGAGUUCUUCAUCAACCGCCCCGCUGAGCCCACGUUCAGCCAGGAGAGGAACAAUCAGCACGCUGUGGAGGUGACUCAGCGUUUCUUCGAGACGGUGUCGACUCAGUUGGAACGUUGGUACGAGAGGAAGAUGGCCGAGUUGGAGCGGCAGACGGCGCUCAGAGCCCAACAGGACAGGAACGAGCUACUGCAGCAAAUAGGCACGCUGGAGGAGGAGCUUCAGAGGCUGAGGACCAAUGAGAAUGCAGAAAGCUGAAUCGCCCUGACAGUGACUAACGCUGGAGAGAGACUGACACAGAAAGGAUGAACUUAUUCACUUUGAUUUUACAUUUAAAAACUCAGCUGUGUGUGAUAUAUAUAUAUAUAUAUACACACACACACACACACACAAAG